AUGUCCUUUCCUUUGCUUGGUCUCAUCCUCCUCCUGCAAUCUGCAUAUACAUCAAUGGAGAUGUUUCAGCUCAAUUGUCAUCAAUACUGGGAGCCCAGCACUGACAUGGAGGCAGACAUAAUCCUCAGUACAUUUAUCCCCAUUCACAUCCAAGUUGAAAUACUCCAAAAUGUUCAGAACAUUUUUGAGAGUGAACCAAGUCUACGAUGGGACACCUUUCUCUCGAGAUGGAAAAACUAUCAAAUUUUGCUGACUUUAUACUUUGCCAUUGAGGAGAUCAAUAAGGACUCACAACUGCUUCCCAAUGUGACCGUGGGUUUCCAUGUCUACAAUGCCUUUAAUUCUAACAAAAGAACCUUGGAGGGGCCUCUGAUGUUGUUGUCUGGAAAGAGUGAUUAUAUCCCUAACUAUGAAUGCAAAGUGCAACACAAAACUCUAGGAAUCAUUUCAGGAACCAGCCCAGAAUUUUCUGCUGCUAUUGAAACACUUUUGGAACUCUACAAAGUCCCACAAGUCACAUAUGGACCUUUUGAUACUGAGCUAAAUGACCAAGUUACAUUCCCAUCCCUUUACCAGAUGUCUCUUAAAGACAGAGGUCUAGCCCAUGGAGUGAUCUCUUUAUUGCUAUACUUUGGCUGGAAUUGGGUGGGGCUUUUUGUGCUUGAUGAUCGGAAAGGAAAAGAGUUCCUCUCUCACCUGAGAGCAGAGAUGGUAUCAGAAGAUAUCUGUGUGGCUUUUACAAAAAAAUUCCCUGCUUUUUGGAAAGUGGGGUUAAAAAAUGUUGCUAUUUUGAUGGACUUGAACCAACAUACACAAGUAAAUGUACAGAUAUUCUAUGGUGAUAUAGAUGACUUGAUGUUAUUCUGCCUUGAUAACCAAAUAUUUGUAGCUGGAGGGAAUGUGUGGAUCAUGGCAAAGCAACACUUUGUAUAUUUAGAUUCUAUAGCAAAUGAGAAUUAUUUGCUAAACUUUUUCAGUGGAAGCAUCUCCUUUUCAAAGAAGAGAACCAUCCCUGGCUUCAAGCACUUUCUUGAGGAUCUUACACCCUCCCAGUACCCAGGAGAUUUUUACUUCCAUAGAUUCUGGAUGGAUUAUUAUGUUUGUUCACCUGCUUUACCAUGUAAAAAUCUUAAACCCUGCCCAGCAAAUAUUUCCCUAAAGAUUAAUCAUGAAAAAGUGGAUAUGAUGACCAUUUCUGAGCACAGCUAUUCCAUAUGGAAUGCAGUGUAUGCAGUGGCCCAUGCCCUCCAUAAAAUGCUAUUGAACAAAAUUGAAAUGGAAUCUAAAGAAGAUAGAAACACGGACUGGCUUCUACCAUGGCAACUGCAUCCAUUUCUGAGGAAAAUUAAAGAGACAAAUGCUGCUGGAGAUGAAAUAAGCUUUGAGGAGAACAAGAAUACUAUGGAAACGUAUGAUAUACAAAAUUUUGUAGAACAUACUAAGCAUAAUUCAUUAUUAGUUAAAGUGGGAGAGUUUCUCUUCAAGAGUCCACAAGACCAUUGCUUUUUUAUCAAUGAAGUUCUGAUUAAAUGGCCAAGCAACUUCAAUCAGACACCUCAAUCCGUAUGUACACAGCACUGUGGUCCAGGAUUCUGGAAAGUUCCACAAGAAGGAAGACCCAUCUGCUGUUUUUCUUGUUCAUUUUGUCCAGAGCAGCACAUUUCCAACCAGACAG